UUUGGUAUUACAUCCGAUGGCCUCCCCUCAAGAGUAAUCAGAAUAGAAAGAAAAUUAUGCACCAUUCAAGGUGUGAUUGCAAAUAUUAGGCAUUCAGAACAUCACCAGAAAUGCAAUGUUGGACCAACCAAAACCAGGCCCAACAGUGUGAACAGAAAUGUCCGCUUCACGUCAAGAGAUGUCUACCUGGCAGAUCAUAUUCCAACCAAAGUUAAGAAUGCGGAUCAAACCCGAACCAUUUCCUCCACCACCACCACUUCCACCACCACCACCAGACCCUUCGGCGCCGGAGCUUCCAGAACCACCACCAGCUCCACGGCCGCUCGAAACUCAAAAAGAGCGAAUACCAAAUUGCACAGGCCCGAACCCAGUACCACCAAACAUCUUAAAACCGGCGGCCAACGCCGGCGAUAUCCUGCUAGGAAACCCUUGCAAGGAAACUGUGUUGAUUCCAAAAAUCCUGCUUUGGGCAUUGAGAUAGCUUUUGGACAAACGAAGCCUCAGCUCGACCCACAUUGUGAAGCCCUCUCCUCCGCAGAAGGAAUCGCCCAAGGCACCACAAAGGGCCUGCAUUCUGGACAUCACCAGAAAUGCAAUGUUGGACCAACCAAAACCAGGCCCAACAGUGUGAACAGAAAUGUCCGCUUCACGUCAAGAGAUGGUGUGAUUGCAAAUAUUAGGCAUUCAGAACAUCACCAGAAAUGCAAUGUCGGACCAACCAAAACCAGGCCCAACUGUGUGAACAGAAAUGUCCGCUUCACGUCAAGAGAUGACAGUCUACCUGGCAGAUCAUAUCUCCAACCAAAGUUUAGAAUGCGGAUAACAUCACCAGAAAUGCAAUGUUGGAUCAACCAAAACCAGGCCCAACAGUGUGAACAGAAAUGUCCGCUUCACGUCAAGAGAGAGAUGAUCAUAUCUCUAACCAAAGUUAAGAAUGCGGAUCGGUCUUGUCAUAAAAUCAUUUUCAAGCUCAUGAUCAUCCUUUUUCAUUUUCUCCUUUUCUUCUUCUUAUACGCACUGUGCUUGAGCUUGAGCAAAAAUUAUGAACAAGAAGAAACUGAGGAAAGAGAAAUAUCUUUUUGUUUGUUCUUCUUGCCUCACCGCUCUCCUUCCCCUUGUUAUAGCAAAUCGAAUACCUUAGUAGAGGAUCUCGGAAACGGACGGAUAAUAUCCAAAGCCACCAGUCCAUCCAAUUCCCUAAACUUCAAUCAAGAAGAAACUAAAGAAAUCGGGAAGCAAAAACAGAAAAAACUCUUUUUGGGACAAACACAUCAUCCUUUAAAGGGUAAUGCCUAUACUUCAAGAAAAUACCUGCACUUUGAAAGAAUCACGUUCCAUAUUAAGGAAAUAAAAUUAGCAGCAAGGACCUGUAAAAAAGAUUUUCGCAACAAAAACGUCUUUUUAGGUCAUCAUCAUAUUUCAUACAUUCACACUAUAGUAACUGGUCAAAACCGGGUACUUGUGACGAUAUUUUGCUCCUCAAGAAAACAGCAUAACCCAUUUCGAUUUGUUUAUAGGCGCACACAAUUAUGCACCAUUCAAGGUGUGAUUGCAAAUAUUAGGCAUUCAGAACAUCACCAGAAAUGCAAUGUUGGACCAACCAAAACCAGGCCCAACAGUGUGAACAGAAAUGUCCGCUUCACGUCAAGAGAUGACAGUCUACCUGGCAGAUCAUAUCUCCAACCAAAGUUAAGAAUGCGGAUACCCGAACCAUUUCCUCCACCGCCACCACUUCCACCACCUCCACUUCCACCACCACCACCAGACCCUCCGGCGCCGGAGCCUCCAGAACCACCACCAGCUCCGCGGCCGCUCGAAACUCGAAAAGAGCGAAUACCAAAUUGCACAGGCCCGAACCCGGUACCACCAAACAUCUUAAAACCGGCGGCCGACGCCGGCGAUAUCCUGCUAGGAAACCCUUGCGAGGAAACUCUUUUGGGUGCUCUGCAAAAGCUUGCCAAUGGUCUCCAGAGACACGAUUUUGUUAUCAGAUUUGCUAGGUGCGGGGCUGCCAUUUUAUGCACCAUUCAAGGUGUGAUUGCAAAUAUUAGGCAUUCAGAACAUCACCAGAAAUGCAAUGUUGGACCAACCAAAACCAGGCCCAACAGUGUGAACAGAAAUUCUACCUGGCAGAUCAUAUCUCCAACCAAAGUUAAAAAUGCGGAUACCCGAACCAUUUCCUCCACCGCCACCACUUCCACCACCACCACUAGACCCUCCGGCGCCGUAGCCUCCAGAACCACCACCAGCUCCGCGGCCGCUCGAAACUCGAAAAGAGCGAAUACCAAAUUGCACAGGCCCGAACCCGGUACCACCAAACAUCUUAAAACCGGCGGCCGACGCCGGCGAUAUCCUGCUAGGACACCCUUGCGAGGAAACUGUGUUGAUUCCAAAAAUCCUGCUUUGGGCAUUGAGAUAGCUUUUGGGUGCUCUGCAAAAGCUUGCCAAUGGUCUCCGGAGACACGAUUUUGUUAUCAGAUUUGC